ACCCCUCACCUCUAGCUCUCAACACAAAGAUUUGUGAUUGUUGGAGAUACUACUCUAACAAUGAAGAAGGGUGUUAGUUUCCUGGUAACUGUUGCCCUCGUGGCAUUGGUUUCCUCUCUUGCCUCUGCCUCUGAUCCAAGCCCACUGCAGGACACCUGUGUUGCCAUUGAUGAGCCCAAGGAUGCUGUAUUUGUGAAUGGAAAGUUCUGCAAGGACCCAAAGCUGACCGUCGCCGAGGAUUUCUUCUUUUCAGGCCUGGAUAAGCCAGGGAACACAUCAAAUGCAGUAGCCUCAAAUGUCACUACCGUAAAUGUUGAACAAAUAAAGGGACUCAACACUCUUGGCAUAUCCAUGGUUCGUAUUGACUAUGAACCAUAUGGCCAAAACCCUCCUCAUACUCACCCUCGUGCCACCGAGAUCCUAACUGUCUUGGAGGGAACCCUCUACGUUGGGUUUGUCACAUCCAACACCGAAAACCGCCUCAUUAGCAAAGUCCUCAACAAGGGGGAUGUUUUUGUGUUUCCUAUUGGUCUCAUUCACUUCCAAUUCAAUAUUGGGAAGACUAAUGCAGUAGCCAUUGCUGCUCUGAGCAGCCAAAAUCCAGGUGUUAUCACCAUAGCCAAUGCAGUAUUUGGAUCAGAUCCACCCAUCAAUCCUGAUGUUCUCACAAGGGCCUUCCAGUUGGACAAGAGCGUGGUUAAGUACCUUCAGUCACGGUUCUGAUGGGACAACAACUAAGAAACUAUAUACAUAAAGAAGCUAUAUAUAAAGCAUUGGUCUGCUUGUUUUCAAGUAUAAUGAUUUAGAGGGUUUAUUUUGUAAUGUUGGUGUGGACUUUGGCCAUACUACUAAAAUAAAUCAGUUUGUCUGUUACC